GCCGUCGAUGGAAGUGCACACUCCCAAACUCCCGACCUAGGAUAUUCGAUCCACGACUCCCGGAAGAGCCACCAUGUGUCAUGGCUCUAUCAGAUGCACGGGACUACGUGCUAGCCGUAGAACACAACAAACAGGAAGCUGCUGAGAUCGCAAAGUCGGCCGCUCAAAAACUUGAGAGCCGGCAGACUACCCUAAUCGAAGUGGUUCAGUCUUUGGGUGAAUAUAUCAACGAUGACGAUGAGAAAAUCCGUGGCCGAGCCGUCUCCUUUUUGGUCGCCGUCAUCUCGUCCUUGCCUCCGAAAUACCUCUCCCGCCAGCAGAUCCUAGUCCUGUGCAAAUUUUUGUGUGAUCGAAUUGAAGAUGGAGGGGCCGUCAACGGACUCUCGCAACUACGGAGCCUUGACAGAUUUACAAAUGAUAUGGCGCAAACAGUUAUGAGAGCGAUCUUCGAGCAUUUUUCGGAUUUGCAAUCUCUCAACCAGGCCGGGAGAUAUAAAGUCCUCCAGCUGGUCAACGAGCUUCUCGAGCAUCAUCGAAAAGCUAUCAGAGAUAUGGGCGAAGAAUCUCUCACAGGCAUCGUCGAGUUGGUGGCAGGUGAAAAGGAUCCUCGUAAUCUCAUGCUAAUAUUCUCGAUGCUGAGAGUCCUAAUGAUGGAAUGGGAUAUCACCAACCACGUCGAAGUCAUGUUUGACUCUGUCUACGCCUACUUCCCUAUCACAUUCAGGCCGCCUCCCAAUGACCCUUACGGGAUCACAGCUCAGGAUCUGAAAGACAGGCUGAGAGACUGCCUGUCUUCUACUGGUGCGCUGGCUCCUCAUACCUUUCCGAAUAUGCUGGAUCGAUUAGACUCUACAUCCAAUACUGUCAAGAAGGACGUCCUCCAGACACUUGUCGCCUGUUCAGAACACUACGAUGCCUCUACUAUGAGUCAAUAUUCUAUCACUCUCUGGGAUGCUGUCAAAUUCGAAGUUUUACAGGCCCAAGAACCCGAGCUUGCCUCAGAAGCCUUAAAGGUCUUGGAAGGAAUUGCUGCAUGCCUGUCCUCAGCACCGGCGCACAACACGUCGAGCUCACCAUUACUGCAAUAUUUGAAGCCCGUGAACAAAGAGUGUUUGGAACAUCUUCAGGAGCCCGCAUCACGGCAGGCGAAGGCUUCCGGAGAUAUAGUUAAAGCUGUAGCGUCUGCUUCAGUGCAAUCAUUCGAGAUUGUAAUCAAGGCCGUCGGACCAACCCUGUUCACCCUUUACCAAUCAGCACAGGGUUUGGUGCAACAGCGAGCUGUGUUGGACGUCGCUAAUCAAAUAUUUGAAGCCUCAAUCGAAGUUUAUGGAUCAUGGACAAAACCAAGCCAGAAAAAUCCGGAAGGGCGAGAGAAUCCGAUACGAGAACUGAAGGACAAGUUUGUUGCCAUUUACAGCCAAGCAUUGAUGGGAACUGUGAAGGAAGAGGUUUCCUUUCGUCUGACAGCUGCAAAUGGCUUGCUACUGGUGUCCAAGAUGAACUCGAUGCUCGCAGAUGACGAGAUUGGACUAUUUAUCCAAUAUUUUGAUGAUAUUGUCCUGACUGAAGAAUCUUACGGGCGCGAUGAACUGAAAAAGAAGGCUAUGAAUGCAUUGGCCGAAAUAUCACAGUUCAAACCUGGACUUAUCUCGGAUAUCACCUAUCCUGCUUUUCUGGCCCGCUUGCCAGACUCAGAGGAAGACGUUAUGACAAGCAAUUACAACUCUGUGCUCGAAGGCUUGGCUGAGAUCAGCGUUGAAAGAGAGCUUCUGCGGACAUUGAUGCGGCGUCUUCUCAGCAAAUUAGACAAUCUGUUUAACUCUAGUGGCCGUGUCUCCUACCCCUACACUUGCGCUAUUUUGGCAACCAUAUUGUACGUCCUUGAUCGAGCAGUUUCGGCAGCAAAGACAGAUUUGAGCGACUACUAUGAAAGGGUGGUCGUGAACUUGUCUAGGACAGCUUCGCAGACAACAACAGGGCCCCUCACUAAUGAAGUCGUACUGGAUCUGCUUGGGCGACUCAUCAACUUGAUCAUUCGAAACAGCACAGCUGAGCAAAUUAGUAGGGCAGCGGUAAAUGUUUAUCUGCUCUACAGAGGAUCCCCCUUCAUCGAAUCACCAGAAGGACUCUCAAGUCUCUUGCAGCCGCCUUCUGUCGCCCUUCUUUCUACAUGGGUCCUAGCAGCUUUACCAAAGAACAUACAGUCUCCAUUGCUAACCAGAGAACGGUUGCCACAUGUCAUCGAGAAUGUCAUACAGUUCGCAAUGACAACCUCGAAUCGUGCGGUUACACAAAGCUGCCUGCUGCAGGUGGCCUUGCUUGUAAAUAAACACUUCGAUUCUGCCUCCUUAAGUUUCGUUGAUGAGUUACUCGCAAGAACCCUAUCAGCAUUGAAGGACCACCCCAUGGAUGAGAACGACACUUCCGACUUCAACAUCCGCCUAUCCUUCUUCUUGACGAAGGCCCUGGUACUCAGACUCGCGCCGAGAACGAACUACUAUCUCACGAAUCUAGUCGAAUUGCUCGAUCAACAACAAUAUCCUGGCGAGGUCUCACGAAAAGCUGCAAUGGGAUUUGUCACCAUCUUGUCUCCGGAUGAUGUGCUGUCCAAGCAGAACGGAGCGCAAAUUCGGCUUCUUGCGCCACAACGUGUAUUCCAGAUCCUGGUGCCACUCAUUUCGGACAAGUUUCGAAACUCACAAUCUCCGACAGAAAAAGAGAAUUACCUUGUAGCCCUCAGUGGCGUUCUAUCGAACGUGCCAUCGGAGAUUGUGAUGCCAGAACUUCCCACCUUGUUACCGCUGCUGCUUCAAUCCUUGGAUCUAAACGAUCAAAUGGUCAAGGUGGCCACUUUGGAAGCAUGUGCUAUUGUAAUCUCCAACAACCCUUCUGCGCUGGAAGAGAGCGGGCAUAUCCCAGCGCUCGUGAAGCGGUUGAUCGGUGUUGCAGCCUCACAGAAGGCAGAAUUCGACCCAAAGCCUACAAAGGGAGUCGCAACAGCGGGGACGCAGAUCAAUCUGCCCAACACGCGGCGGCUUGCAACCCGCUGUCUGACUUUGAUGCCAAAAUACAUUACCGGCAGUGCCUCUGGGGCAAAUUCAUUGAUUGGUCUCAAGCGAGAAGUUUUGUACGGGUUGAGCAAAGUCCUCGACGACACGAAACGUGAUGUACGUAAAGAGGCGGUUGACGCCAGGGCUGCUUGGCUAAGAGGCGUAGAUGACAUUGAUGAGGAUGAGGAUUAGACAUCACAGAUGUCCGCCGUGAUAGUAUGACCAUGUAGUAGAGGUUUCGCUAUCUCGGACAGGCAAAUGGCAUGAAGCGUACGGAGUAUUACGUUGUGAUGACAAGCUGUUCCGGAGAAAUGCGGCGAAGAAGCGUCCAUUAGUUGGAGUGUAUAGAAGUAUAGACGCGG